AUGCCUGCAACUGCUACGACUACGCGGUUCAAAGGUUCGACAUCGGCUCGCUUUGUGAAGAAUACAUCGAAACCCACGAAAAUAACCUCUCGUUAUAGAGUCUCGAAACAAGCAGAAGAUGAGUCCGUUCAACUAAAUCCCAUGCUCAAUGACUCGGUUACAAAACGAGACGUCGUUCAAAGAAUAGAUCAGUUGGACGCCAUGAUGGGGUUUGAAAGAUUUGACCAAGGAGAAUAUGAUGGUUCUAAACCCAGAAAAGGCUGGUUGAUCAAUAUGCAUGCUACGACUGUCCCUACGGAUGAUUAUUUGGCAGGCUACUCGGGUGUCGAUUUCUACUUCUUGGACCAAGAGGGAGGUUCAUUCAAAGCUACACUCCAAUACGAUCCAUACUUUUUUUUAAUGGUAGUGCCAGGGAAGGAACCAGACGUGGAAGAGCUGUUGAAACGUUUAUUGGAAGACUUCCAUGUGAAGUCGAUCUCUCGUGAACUCAAAGAAGACUUGUCGCUUCCUAAUCAUUUGGUGGGUUUGAAAAGGACACUAAUCAAACUUACUUUCCAUAACACAACUGAUCUCAUCGGCGCAAGACGUCUCCUCAAUCCUAUAAUCAAAGAGAACCAAGCGAAACGAGACACGCGAGAUGUUUUUCGUAUUUACAAUUUUAAUAAUCCUUCAGGCAUUUCGUCUGCUACGGAUGGAUUCCAAUCAAAUGAGUCCAAACAGGAUGCACUGACUGACCCAACUACAUUCAUCGAUGACAUUAGAGAAUAUGAUGUUCCUUACCAUGUUCGUGUCUCCAUUGAUAAUAACGUCAGAGUUGGUAAAUGGUACGAUGUGUAUGCUAAGCAUGGAAAAAUCACUUUCGAGGAGGAUAAAGAAAAAAUUGCAUUUGCUGAUCCAGUGGUCCUAGCAUUUGAUAUAGAAACCACAAAGGCUCCGCUCAAGUUUCCUGACGCCAAAGUUGAUCAGAUUAUGAUGAUUUCUUACAUGAUUGACGGUGAAGGUUUUUUAAUCACAAACAGAGAAAUUAUUUCUGAAGAUAUUGAAGACUUCGAAUACACUCCGAAGCCAGAAUACCCAGGAAACUUUACCAUUUUUAAUGAACCCGAUGAAAAACAUGUACUUAUGAGGUUCUUUGAACAUAUCCGUGAUGUGCGUCCUACUGUCAUUGCCACGUUUAACGGUGACUUUUUCGACUGGCCCUUCGUGGAAAAUAGAACCAAUUUCCAUGGAAUGGACUUAUUCAAUGAGAUCGGUUUUGCGAAGGAUGAUGAGGAUGAAUACAAAUCGAAAUACUGUGUUCACAUGGAUUGUUACAGGUGGGUUAAAAGAGAUUCGUAUUUGCCGCAAGGGUCUCAAGGUUUGAAAGCUGUUACCACUGCAAAAUUGGGUUACAACCCUCUUGAGUUGGAUCCGGAACUUAUGACACCUUAUGCUUACGAACGUCCACAAAUCCUUUCCGAAUAUUCCGUUUCCGAUGCUGUGGCCACAUAUUACUUGUACUAUAAGUAUGUGCAUCCAUUUAUCUUCUCCUUAUGUACCAUUCUUCCGUUGAAUCCUGACGAAGUCUUGAGAAAGGGUACUGGUACCUUAUGUGAGAUGUUGCUCCUGGUUCAAGCCUACGAGGGCAAUAUUUUGCUUCCGAAUAAGUAUACUGAUCCGAUCGAAAGAUUCUACGAGGGACACUUACUUGAAUCUGAAACAUACGUGGGUGGACAUGUGGAAUCGUUGGAAGCAGGUGUCUUUAGAAGUGACAUUGCUACAGAUUUUAAAAUUGACCCGACGGCUAUUGAUCAGCUACUUAGAGAUUUGCGUGAGACCUUAAAGUUCACCAUUGAAGUAGAAAACCACAAGUCCAUGGAAGACGUUGAAAACUUUGAAGAAGUUUACAUUGCUAUUAAAAAACAGUUGGAAAGCUUGCGUGAUUCUCCAGUGAGAAAUGAAACCCCAUUAAUAUACCACGUUGACGUUGCAUCAAUGUAUCCGAACAUCAUGACCUCAUACAGAUUGCAGCCCGAUUCUAUGAAAUCUGAAGAGGACUGCGCAGCUUGUGAUUUCAAUCGUCCUGGAAAGAAUUGUGACAGGCGGAUGACCUGGGCUUGGAGAGGAGAAUUUUAUCCUGCUGAACAAAAUGAGUAUGGUAUGGUCAAAAGGACUCUCCAAAAUGAAACUUUUCCAGGUACCCGCCCUUGGUUACCAGCUCGUUCUUUCGAUGAACUUCCUUAUGCUGAGCAAGCUCUGCUUAUUAAGAAGAGAAUCAGUGAUUACUCUCGAAAAGUUUACAACAGAAUCAAGCAGACAAAAACAGUCAACAGAGAGGCCAUUGUCUGCCAAAGAGAAAAUCCUUUUUACGUCGAUACAGUGAGAGGUUUUAGAGACCGUCGUUAUGAGUUCAAAACUUUAGCAAAAGUGUGGAAAGGCAAAGCUUCGAAAUGUAAAGAAUCUAUUUCAAAAGACGAAGCAAAUAAAAUGGUCAUUUUGUAUGAUUCUUUGCAAUUGGCACACAAAGUCAUUUUAAAUUCCUUUUAUGGUUAUGUUAUGAGAAAAGGCUCCCGUUGGUACUCAAUGGAAAUGGCUGGAAUUACAUGUCUUACAGGUGCUACCAUUAUUCAAAUGGCGAGAGCUCUUGUGGAACGACUUGGUCGCCCUUUGGAAUUGGACACUGAUGGUAUCUGGUGUAUCUUACCUAAGUCCUUUCCGGAGAAUUUCAACUUGAAAUGCAAAGACGGCAAAAAAAUAUUUGUGGAGUAUCCUUGCUCCAUGUUGAACUAUUUGGUGCACCAGCAAUUCACAAAUCAUCAGUACCAGGACUUGAUUGAUGCAGAUACAUUUAAAUACAAAACGAGAUCAGAGAACUCCAUCUUCUUCGAGGUAGAUGGUCCCUACAAAGCCAUGGUUUUACCAACCUCGAAAGAAGAAGGAAAAGGAUUAAAGAAGAGAUAUGCGGUUUUCAAUAAGGAUGGAAGUCUCGCCGAACUAAAAGGAUUCGAGUUGAAAAGAAGAGGAGAGCUUCAGUUAAUCAAGAACUUUCAAUCAGAUAUAUUCAAGCUCUUCCUCGAAGGCGAUUCGUUGGAAUCUUGCUAUCAAGCUGUUUCUACGGUUGCUAAUAACUGGCUCGACGUCUUAGAAACCAAAGGCGGUAUGCUUGAAGACGAGGAUUUGAUCGAACUUAUUUGUGAAAACAGAAGUAUGAGUAAGGCUUUGAGUGAAUACGAAGGACAGAAAUCUACUUCCAUCACAACAGCUAAACGGUUGGGUGAAUUUUUGGGAGAGGAAAUGGUCAAGGAUGCUGGUUUAGCCUGUAAGUACAUUAUCAGUGCCAAACCUUUAGAGAGUCCAGUUACUGAGAGAGCAAUCCCAGUUUCAAUUUUUUCCUCUGAACAUAAAGAGAUCUAUCUUAAAAAGUGGUUGAAGGAUCCAUCUCUCACAGACUUUGAUCCUCGUUCAGUGAUUGACUGGGAUUAUUAUCGGGAACGUCUUGCAUCUGUCAUUCAAAAAAUUAUAACAAUUCCUGCUGCUCUUCAAAAUGUCAAAAAUCCUGUUCCUCGGGUAUCUCAUCCGGACUGGUUACAGAAAAGAAUUCGGGUAAAAGAGGAUAAGUUCCAACAAACUUCUCUUUCAAAGUUCUUCAACAAAGCUUCCAAUGAAGAAGUUAAGACGAAAGCCAUCAAAGAUAUUGAAGAUUUUGGAGAAGUGGAUGAAGGAGUUCCUAAAACAAAAUUAGGAAAAGUUACUGUAAAGAAGAGAAAGAUGCGGGAGGCUCAAAGAUUACAAGCUGAAGAAGAUGAGAAGGCAGUAGCCAUCUUGAACUCUCCUUGUCCAUCUAUGACGGAGGAUUAUGUCAGUUUUUUGCAAUACCAGAAGGCUAAGUGGAGGGUGCAAUCGAAAAAUAGAGAUAGAAGAAAGAAAUUAUUCGGAGAAAACGUUGAUUCUUCUUAUAGAUCCUCCGUUGGGAGUAUGUUUCCGCCGACAAGCAGAGAAUGUUGCUGGCUCGGAUUGGGAAAUUUUAGAAUAUAA